GGAAAAAUUGUCUUAUCAGUUACGCAGUUUAAAAUUGUCACAGCAAUGACGGUCUUUAAAUAUGUGAAUUGUAAUACUUAAAGCUAAAGCAAUGGAUUACUAAAAUCGUCGUCAUCGUGGAAUAGUUACAAUGGUAUAGAUUGUUUUAACACAGAUUCAACUUUAAGUAAAAAGUUAUUUCACUAUAAGAAAAAAACAUGGCCUCCAGAGGUUCAUCUAUUUACAAGGGAUCUGACCUGAUUCACGAUUAUAGUUGCUCCAAGUGCGAGGAAAAUGACCUGAACACUGAAGCACAGCACUUCUGUCCACAGUGUGAACACUAUCUGUGUGACAAGUGUGUUGGUAUUCAUGGGGAUUAUUUCAAGAAACAUGUUGUGCAUGGGCGUGGGGACUUUCGGAAGUGGGUGGGGUACUCCAUGGACAAAUGUGACCAGCAUGACAAAGAGCUGGAGGUCCACUGUGAUGACCACCUUGAAUUGUGCUGCAGUGUCUGUGUGGCCCUUAACCACAGGCUUUGUAGCAGCAUCAGUCACCUGCCUGACCUGGCCAGAGGCUUCUUGAAGACAGAAGAGUUCAAGCAGCUGCCAGCAGCAGUGGACAAAAUGAGGCGCUGGCUGGAUAAGCUCAAGAAUGACAUAAUGAAAGACCAAGCUUCACUGAAUGACUCCUACAAGAACAUCCUAGUUGAAAUCCUGGCUCUCCGCAAGACAAUAAACAAGGUCUUAGACAGGAUGGAGAGGAAGACAGUUCAACAGUUGGAUAGCAUGAUGAAAGAUUUAGAGAAGUCUAUUAAAGAUGAUUUAGAAACAUGUGCUCACAUGAAUGACCAACUCAAGACCAUGACUGAGCAACUACAGCAGAUUACUGGCAACAACAAGGAGACCAAUUCUUACAUUGGAUUCUGAAUAUGCCAGUUGAAAUUGAGUGAAGCCAAGCGUUUUGUGCAAGACAUACGAGGAAAAGAUGAAGUGAAGUUCAAAUCUGAUGAUAGUGUUAUACAUUUCUGAAAAACCUAAACUGUCUUGGCAAUGUAAAAAAACAGUUUCAUCCACUCAUGUAUAUAAGGCUAAGACUUCAAGCCAUUAUAAUGUUAGAAUAAAGAAGGACAAUACCAAUUGCUAUAUUGCAGGUAUCUGUGAGUUGCCUGGUUGAGAGAUGGUUAUUGCUGAUUUUGCAAAUAUAAGAUUAAAACUUCUGAACAGGCAGUAUGCGGUCAUUGAUCAUUAUGAUUUGCCUGAUUCUCCCUACCACUUGUGUCACACCACAGGCAAUGAUUUAGCAGUAGCUGUAAGUAACGUCACUUUUAUAAAAGAGAUCCACUUCCUCACAGUGACCAAAGGGAAACUAAAAGCAAUGAGAAAGUUCACCACAGCCCAUUCAUACUGCUCCAUUGCCCACCACCAGGGCCAGCUGUAUGUGGGGUCCACUGAUGGCCUGUACCUGUACACUAUGGAUGGAACAUGCCUUAAGAUAAUUUAUGAAGACUUGACUGGUGGUAGGACACUGUACAGUUCUGCUGUCUCUCCUAGUGGAGAGUGGUUAUAUGUUAUAAAUUAUGACUCUUCUAAAUGAAUUACACUUGACACAUCUGGUCAAGUAGUAUCCACAGUUGAGGAUCCUGACUUACAAUCUCCAUCUGGAAUAUAUGUCAGCCCCAGUGGCCAUGUAUUUGUGUGCGGUUUUGAUUCUAGCACUGUGGUGCAGGUAGACAAGGAGGGAAAACAAAAGCUGGCCACAGUUGCCAGGGAGGCUGAUGGCGUGUGUUUACCUCAUUCAGUGUGGUUCAGUGAACAAACCUCCAGCCUCAUUGUUGGGAAUAUAGAUGACGACAUCACUGUUAUCAAAUUGUGUUGAAUUAGAAAUCAGAUUCUGGUUUGCAUAAAAAAAAUAGUAGAGGUGUACGAGUGUUUCCUACAUUGUUUAAUCUAGUAUGGUUGACAUUGAAAGUUGAAUGGUAUAUGUGUUUAAGUGUAUAAGUUGUUAUAUGCUUGUAAUUCAUAUCAACAGGGUGCAUUUGUUCUUGUAUAAAUGUUGUGACGAAAUGGAAAACAUUAUUUUGGGGCACUAAUAAAGUAUGGUAUAUAUAUUUUGUGCGAUGACUGUUCUGUGAACUUACAUGUUGUAAGCAGGAAAUUAAUGUAUACAAUAACAUGUGUGUAUUUAUGUAUAUAAAGAUGAAAAAGAGAUGAAAAAGAAUCUACGUUAAAAUUAUUUAAUCCAUUAUACAGUUUAAACGUUUGGAUUUGAAGGCACAAAUGAACAUGUGUAUUUGUUAUUGUUUGCUGUAAGAAAUACUAUAUGAGCGGAAAAAUGUUAUAGAAUUCGCCCAAAAUGCACCAUUUUGGACUAGAAAUUGUACAAAAACAUUUCAUUAAAAUCAAAUAAAUUUCGGUUUUGAUGGAGUUUACAAUAAAUCAUUGAUCAGCUUCUGGGAAUGUCUGGAAAUGAAAAACAUC